CAAUUGUUGACAUUUUUAUAUCUGACCUGAUGAAAACAAGUUUGGAAUUUUGAAUGACCAAGAACUGAAAUAAAAUAAAAAUGGCGUUUUAAACAAUUUCAACAGAACAUCAUUAUUAUUAUUAAUGUGUGGAUUAAAAUCAUUUUAUUCUCGAUUUCUAACUUUUAAUAUUUUAACAAACGUAUUAAGAAAAAUCAAUGGAAUAUUUGACUAUAUGCGGAAAAUAUUUCAGCACGGCGAAUCGCGAUUUAUUUGUCAUCACACGCUCGAAGGCGUCAAAAUUGAAUCUGGAUUAAUUCAAAAGCAGACGCUAGAAGGUGUGACGAUUGAAUCAGAACUAAACGAUAAGCUGACGCUAGGUGUGACAAUUGAAUCGGAAUUAAUCGAUAAACAGACGCUAGCAGUGGCUAUUGAAUCGGAAUUAAGCGAUAAGCAGACGCUAGGUGUGACGAUAGAUCGUAGUUUAGUUAAUAUUACUGAUAUUUCCGUUGAUUCUGUUAACGGUAAUACGAUACCAGUAGAAAUGGGAGUUCCUAAAAGUUCUGAGAAAGAAAAAACUAUGGAGAUGUGGUAUAUUUGCAGGUUUUUAUCUCCGAAACACGAACAGUUAAAAGUGAAUGAAGGAGGGAUGGAGAAAGAGGAGGAAGCGGAGAUAAGUUUGGAGAGAGAGAUAGUAGAAGAUGAAGAGGAAAACAGUGAAGUGUGUGAGGAGCUCAAUAAAAACAGUGAAAACGACAAUAUGGAAGCCAUUACAGAAAAUGGAUUGGCUGAACAACUUGCUUUGGUACAAGAAAUGGUAUAUGAGAUAAAACAGGGGUUUGUGGAAGUAAUGACAGAGUUAUCACAUUCUCAGACAACAGAUAAAAAUAAUUGGCGCCAAGUUACCGAGACUCAAGAUGGCCAACAGGAACAGAUAAAUAAAUUACAGACUACUGUUAGUUCUAUAAAGACGGAUGUAGUUGGUCAGAUAAAGAGUUUAACAAGUCGACAGGUUGAUAUGGAAGAGAAGAUUAAAUCAUUAGAAACAGAACGAGAUGGUUUAUUAGAUAGAUUAGACACGUUACAUCGACAGUAUAAUAAUUUAUUAUAUGAAUUAGUUCGAUGUGGUUCGCUACCAGAUACUGUCAGAAAUCAAAUGUUAAAUGGUAAUUUAGAAUUCUCUAAUCCACCGCCUUGGCCAGAUAAAGAUAUGAAUCAUUCUUCACAUUCUAAAGAGAGUUUGAUGUUGAAUGGUGAUACAGACGUGACGUCGAUUGCAUGUAAAAGUCUUAAUUUAUCUCAAGCGUUAAAAGAAAAAUGUAUGAAUUUAAAUUUAUCUGAAUCUAGUGACGAAGAUCAUUCACAUCCAUGGCAACAGCAAAUGGAUAUAAGAUCAAACAGUAGCAAAGGUCGGGGUUAUCAUUCUCCACGUAAAAUAUCACAAGUUGAUAAUCCAGAUACAGGACCAAGAUUACAAGCCAUUGAAGAAUUAAUCCAAUCAGAGAAAGAUUACUGUUCCCAGAUCUGGGCCAUUUUAGAUAAUUACCUGGCACCAUUACAAGAACGUCAUUAUCUUAGUGCAAGGGAGAUAAGUGUGUUAAUACCCCCGUAUGUCGGUCAGAUCUACGAUCAUCAUUGUCAGAUAUUAUCUACGUUACAAGAGAGAGUAUCAUACUGGGGUUGGAAUGUUUCUAUAGGUGAUAUAUUCUCUAGAAUGACCGAUAGUGAAGAGGAGAAUAUAAUGUCUAUAUAUAGAGAAUAUGUCGCUGAUAUUCCUGCGUCUGUUGGCUGUUUGAGACGUCAUAUCAUUCAAUCAAGAAACUUUAAGGCAUUUAUUAAGGCCCAGAAAGGUAGAAGUUGUGAUAAUAAUGAUAUAUUGUCGUUAAUGAUGGCGCCAUUACAAAGAAUACCUCGUUAUACAUUAUUAUUACAGCAAGUAUUAAAGCACACAUCAACGAGUCAUCCAGAUCACUAUAAUCUUCAGUCAUCACUUGUUAAAUUACGAACGUUCGUGGACCAGUUUAACAGUGAGAUGUCACAUACUAUGAUGGCUCUCAACUCAGAUCAUCCACGACGUUGGUUAUCGUUUAAAGCCAAGCUCCAAUCAGCUUUAAUUUCAAGACGUAGUGGUCAAUCGUUCCGGUCAAGUGCCAGUGGUAGUAGUUGUGAAGCUGGACAUCUACCAAGUACAAGAGAUAGUGGUAUACACUCUAACGGUGAAAAUAAUCACCGAUCAGCUCGAUUACCUGAUAAUCUAGAUAGAGGGAAUUUUCUACCUGAUUGGAUCGAACAGUCAACUGGUUAUUUGGAUCAAGAUUCAAGUCGUACAAGAGAUGGAUAUCGCGAUCUACAUCGUAUGAAACUAGCCGCGCGAAGUCAGCCCGAUUUAUCCUCGUAUAAUAAAUCAUACAACCGUCAUAAUCACUUGAUCGAAAGCUCUCGUCAACGUAAUGUCGACAGCUUGUCAAGUUUACAUCAUGCAGAUAAUAAAUUUAAAAGGCCCCGAUCGCGGAAAUUGGAUUCUAGUGAUGGAUUAUUAAUCAGCAAACGACCGGUUUCCGUCUCGCAUUCACAUGUUAACGGCAUUAGAGACUAUAAUUAUGUGAAUUCUCCGCGGGGUCGGCCAUCUUCUGCAAUAGAUUUUAUGAUGCCUGCAGCAGACACACCACGUCAGCGAUCAAAUCGUGAUCAUUUGUUAAACAGACCGCACACGUCACUCGGGCCAUUGACUCGAAACAAUAAUUUCCAAAUCCAAAAUGGCCGCAAUUAUCAAGAUAACUAUCCAGGGGAGAUAAACGGGGAAUAUCCAGAACCCCGCAAUUCUACAAAUUUAAGGAUGCGGGAAUCGUCUUCACAAGCCCACAUGAUGAAUCAAGUUGAUGCGGAGCGUUAUAACAACAUGCCCAGUACUAAUGGUGAUUUAACAGAUGGGCCUUAUUAUAACGGAAAUACUCCACGCUAUCAGGAGAAGGUGGACGAAUAUCCCAACCUACACGGCGUAUCUCAGUACCACGCUGAUAUCGAAGAUGAAGAUGAUACGGCUGUUUCACCCAAUGAAAACUUAGAUAACAAUGAUCAGAUAAAUUACCAUCAACCACGACCAGACGUAGAAUAUCGUCAAAAUCCCGAGUUUAAUCUACAGCCUCAUUACGAACAAAAUAGUUAUAACAAUAGUGAUCGCGCGCAUUCGGAUAUCAGCCAUGAAGAUAUUGAUCAUUCCGUGACGCGAAGUUUACGUCUGGAUGAUAUUAACGCCGAUCCUGUUAUGAACAGCACGGAACAUGAACACGAACAUGAAACUGAGGGAGAACAUUUAUCUUCCCAUAAUCCUCCUCCUGCUCAUCAUGUCUCCCAUAGUAACAUAAGUGACCUUGAAAACUGUGAUAUCCGUAAUGAAUUUAAAAUGAAGUCUGAUAAAUUGGCUGAAAAUCUCCGUGUUCGAGAUCUGUCCAUCGAUCAAAAAUCGCAGUCCAUUUGUGUGACAGAUGACUUUGCAAAUUUACAAAAGAAUCUCGAAAGCAAGAAAAAGAAAAAACAAACAAAACGCUACACGUCAUUAGAACAUAUUCCAAUGGCUGCCGAUGAUGACAGUCAUGCCAGGCGGAGACAUACGAUUAAAUCAUCUCUCAAAAAUCUCUUCUCGAAAAAAAAUUCUGAAGAUGACCUGUUGAUAUAUGAUCGGAUGCCACCACCCAGGCAAGAUGUAAAUCAAAAGGCUGUAUCAGGAUGGAUGACCUUGAAGCAGAAUUUGCGAAGGAACAAAGAAGGAAACAGAUAAUGAUGAAGGUUAACAAAUUUCCUCAAAAUGGAGUCCGAAAACAAUUGACAGAUAAUGGCCGUUUGGCAGCCAUUAGAAAUAUUCGUCCACAAUUUUUUACUUCAUUUUUUCAGCAACGGGAACAAGCUAAUGGUUGUGUUAAUGCGUAAAAAAAAUUAUAAAAAAAUCUUUUGAUUCUUCCUUAAGAAUUGAUUUUAAAAUCAGAUGAACUCUUUGAUUUGGGUGGUCUAGUGGUUUAAAGGGUGUGCAUGAAAUCAGAAGGUCUGUUAUUGAGUCAAGUGACAUGGUUUCGAUUGCCCCGUUGUACGUGACAAGGAGUAGGGUCGCUUGUCCAACCUUGUGGGUUUUCUCCGGGUUCUUUGAUUCCUCCCACUGCUAAAGACCCCUACAUACAUGCAAAUUAUUGAAAUAAAAUUGAACCUUAUGUUAGUCCCGAAAUGACCUAGUUUGUGUCGAGUGGACUUAAACAAAUGAACCCAAUUCAAAACUUUUUAUUAAAACCUAAAUCAAGGAGUUCUAGUUCCAUUCAGUUACAACUCAAUGAAUCAAUUUUAAGUUUUCGUAAAUAAGGAUUGGGCCACGAGUUCACAGACUUAAGUAAAGAAUUUACUCUAAAUUGUUUGCCGCUUUUAUUUAACUAAAAUAUAGCUGUUUAUAAAACUUUUGUUGUUUUAAUGUAUCAAAUACAUCAAUAAGAAACUAUGUGUAAAGUUUUGUGUUUCUGGAUAAAAGAUAUUUCUCAUAGACAGUGAUUGAAAGUUGGGUAAAUUCUUAACUUAACUAAGCAUCCUUUGUGAACUUGAGGCAAGGCGUUUCGUACUUUCUUUGGAAAAGUUGGAAGAACUUGUGAGUUGGUUGCGGUUCUGAAAAAUUCCAAAUUUUGUAACAACUAAGAAAUAUUUAAAAAUAAAAUUGGUUCGGCCUCUUUAAAUAUUGAAAGACUUCGCUGCAGGUAAAUCGAGAUUAAUUGUGGAUUACACAAUUAUAUAAUAUCUGUUUCUGUAUCUAUGACCCGCAAAAAUUAAUAUAGAAUGUGUCGCGUUAUAUUGUAUGUGGAUUGACAUCUCUACCAAUAUAUGUAAUAUUUCAAUACAAUAAUGUUAUAUUUUGUCAAGUAUAGUGUACCAUACAGCUAGUUUUCUAUGUCAUUGAACAGACAAUAAAUUAUACAUAAUAAAUAUGAUAUGAUCUAGAUUUGAUUGUAUGGAUUGACAUCUUUACCAAAAUAUGUAAUAUUACAAUACAACAAUACAAUAUUUUGUCAGGUAUAAUGUACCAUACAGCUUAAUGUACAAUUUUGUUAGCUAGUUUUCUGUGUCACUGUCCUUGAACAAGUAAAUAAAUAAUACAUAAUAAACUUGAAGGGACAGCUCUACGAACUAUUUCUAAUCUCAAAUAUUGAAAUGAUUUAGGGAUAAUUUAGAGGAUAUAGUAAAAACAUGACACCAGAGAUUUAUUAAAUAUGCGAUAAGAGAUACAGAUCUAGGAAAAUAAAUUAUUAUAGUUUUUUAUCGAAGAUUGUGUAUUUUUCGGACAUCUAAUUUAACCCAUGCUAAAAUGUAUCCAAAUUAAUAAUAAUAAUAAUAAUGAAUUUGUAUAGCGCCUCUCAUCUAGAACUGUUCUACUCGAUGGCGCUGAGCUGCACUGUCACGUUUGGUAUUCACAGUUAAAUAAGUGAGUCUUCAAGGGUGAUUUAAAGGACUCUAAAGUUCUGGAUUCAGAUUUAAAUGAGGCUCAUCAAUACAUUUUACCCAAAACUUAUAGGCGGCACAAAGGGUGGUUGAACGGUUAACGCAUAUGUGUGUUGUAUCAUAAGGUCUGUCAUUGAGUCAAAUGGUGUGGUUUCGAUUCCCAGGUUGUACGUGACAAGGAGGAGGGUCGCUUGUCCAACAUCGUGGGGUUUCUUCGGGUCCUCUGGUUUCCUCCCACUGCUAAAGACCCCACGCAAGUAAAUUAUUGAAAUAAAAUUUAAAAAUUAUCCCCCAGGUGGCACUGGCUUGUUAUAUAUACCACCUGCAGAUAGACGAUACCAAAUAUUGCAACCCUUUUACCUUUUAUGAUCCAGCUUUCACAAUGAACAUAGUUUGAAAAGUAUUUAAAAUCCCUCAUUUGAUGAUCAGCAGAAAGAAAUUAUAAGUCGAAUUAUCUUUAAAUAAAAUGUCCCUUUAAAUAUCAGAAUGCUAUUUAAGUCAGUAGGUCAUUAGUUUGUUUACUAAUUAUGAAAAUGAAAGUAGGGGAUUUUGAUCUAUAAAUAUAAUGCUACCGGUACUGGCAUUACUGACUAUGAAAAUGAAAGUAGGAAAUUUCUGUUCUAUAAAUAAAGUGAAAAAACAUUUUCUGUCAGGUUUUGCUGAAUAUUCAUGAUUUUGAGGCGGAAGGAUACAAGAGUUGAGAGGUCGGUUAGGUUGAAAUGUAGGGCAGAAAAUUGCAUGUUUAUUGGUCUUUACUUCCAGUAUGUGUAUCUCAAGUUUUCCAUGGUGAACCUCAUAUACGUGCUUUUGAGCAAGGGGUUGCCACAUGUUUCUCCAUCUGUGGGAGAAAGCGCUCUAUCCAACGAAAAUUUGGAAAAAGUUAGAGCCGAUCUAAAAGACGAGAAUUAACAUUAAAGUCAAUGUGUCAAUCAUUGGCGAUCUGUGGUCAGCUACACUGGAAUCAUUCUAAUGACCUAUUAUAGUAAUGGGGCCAAAUAAAAUUUUAGCAACUGUAUAAAUUGUAUUAAAAAUAUAUUGUAAAUUGUACAAGCAUUAUUAUUUGUAAAUUGUAUUAGUAUUGUAUUUGUAAAUUCUUAUUUGUUUGUAAAUAUUUGAAGAUAUAAUUUAGAUUUGUAUAAAAUAAAAUAAUUUAUUUGAGAUCAAAUAAAAUUUGAUAUUAUUUAUCCACAUUGUGUGUAUAAAGUGUCUGACACUGAGUGGUAUAAUUGAUAUUAAAGUAUCCACAUUGUGGUGUAUGUAUAUCCACAUUGUGUGUAUAAAGCGCCUGAUACUGGAUGGUAUACAUGUAAUAGAGACUAUACAUGUAAUUGAUAUUAAGUAUCCAUAUUGUGUGUAUAAAGUGUCCAAUACUAGGUUGUAGGUCUACAAUUGAUAUUAAUUCCACAUAAUGUGUAUAAAAGUGCCUGAUACUUUGCGGUAUAAAAGUGUCGGAUUCCGGGAGCUAUAAUUAAUAUUAAUUAUAAUCAUUGUGUGUAUAAAAGGGCCCCGAUACACAAUAUUAUAAAUAUUAUUUUUAUACAACCUACAGCAAUUGUGGCUACCUGAUGUAGGUUCGCAGGCACCUUAAGAUGUUAAUAUUCUUACAGAUUCUGGGGACUGUUUAAUCUUGAACUUUUGACCUUUUUAAUGUAUUGGUAAGAUUGCCAGAAUAUACACUACAAAGUUCCAUUUAUAGUUUAGUUUUUCAGAAUUUUAUCACACCCCAUGGGAGAUACCAAGCCCCCAGACCCCAUCCCACUGUCCUUGAUCAACAGACCUCCAUUCGACAUGACCCUAGGGUUCAAUUUUGGUGUAAACUCUUCCAGUAAAUAAUUAUUGUAAAACCUAAUCAUAGAUUUCAACAAAAAUCAAAAAAAUAUAUCUUUCGUUAAUGAAUAGGUUUAUCAUUCAAUAAUUCAAGAAAAUAUUCUGGAAUUUGGCCAACUCCGACAAGGAAUUUGCCCUGUCCCCACCUCAUGAAAUUUGAAAGUUUGUAUUUCCUCGAAAAAAGAACCUCAGAGUUUCAGAUCUAGUUGUACAGGACCAGGAUAAAGCUUUACAAGAGUUUUUCACCACGAUUAACAAGUUCUAUUUACUAAAAUAUAACGGCGACAGAUCCUUUAAACCACAGUUAAUGGCCUCCUUAGUCUUUGAUCAUGUCCCUAAAUCUGACAAACUUGCCGUUCCUAUAUCACCAAUCAUUGUAUGGUCUACGUCUUGUUUCUAACGGCCCUGUCAUAUUGGUUGUGAAUCUUACUGGUCAGUCCAUUUACAUGUCAAAAAUAAGAAUUAUAAAGAAUUUUACCACAAGACACCCGCAGGUGAAAUUUAUAGUGUUUAUGUGUAAAACGCUUAAAGAUAUAUAUCAAAAUUUGCAAAAUUCAAAAAUUUGUUAAGUUCUUUGAGAAACAUAUCUUGCUUGUCCAAAGUAAACUGAAUAGAUCAAUAACUGACCAACAACAAUAGCAUUGAAGUAGUAUCGGUCAGGUUUACUCCAAAACCUGGUGAAGUAUUGAAGUUAAAUUCUUAUAAGGUCUCAUUCAUGCCAGUUAUUAAAGUGGAAGCCUUAAAAGGUUACAUUCAUGCCAAUCUUUGAAGUGAAAGCCUUAUAAGGUAUUGUGCCAAUUUUUGAAGUUAAAGCCUUAUAAGGUCUCAUUCAUUAAUAACUAGAAGUUUAUAAUAUUUGUAAUGUUAAUAUAGAGAGCUGGCUCUUGUAUACAGUGAUAUCAUUUAUAUAUUUAAACAAUAAACUUAAUAAUUAUA